UGCGACUCCGCCGCCUUCCCCAGCCCGCCGCAGGGAAGCGAGCCUGGGCGCCGGCGGGCGGCCGUCGCGUCUGACAGACCACUGCAGACCUCGGGCAGAGGCCCAACGCCUGUCCGCAGCGCGGCCGGCAUGGCGGCGCCAAGGAGCCCCACGCGGGCAAGGGAGCGGGAGCGGUCUCACGCCCCCGCCGCAGGAAGUGACCAAGUUCACUCCUGGACCUUAGCUACAAGCCAAGCCUUAGACACUGUCUGGAGAAUGGCAAAAGGCUUUGUGAUGUUGGCAGUUUCAUUUCUGGUGGCUGCCGUCUGCUACUUCAGGAGGCUACAUUUAUAUUCAGGGCACAAGCUGAAAUGGUGGAUUGGAUAUCUGCAGAGAAAAUUCAAAAGGAACCUCAGUGUGGAGGCAGAGGUUGAUUUACUCAGUUAUUGUGCAAGAGAAUGGAAAGGAGAGACACCCCGUACCAAACUGAUGAGGAAGGCUUAUGAGGAGCUAUUUUGGCGGCAUCAUAUUAAAUGUGUUCGACAAGUAAAGAGAGAUAACUAUGAUGCUCUCAGAUCAGUGUUAUUUCAGAUAUUCAGCCAGGGCAUCUCUUUUCCAUCAUGGAUGAAAGAAAAGGACAUUGUUAAGCUUCCUGAAAAACUGCUGUUUUCACAAGGUUGUAAUUGGAUUCAGCAAUACAGUUUUGGUCCUGAGAAGUAUACAGGUUCGAAUGUGUUCGGAAAACUACGGAAAUGUGUGGAAUUACUGAAAACACAGUGGACUGAAUUUAAUGGAAUUAGAGAUUAUCACAAAAGAGGAAGUAUGUGCAACACCCUUUUUUCGGAUGCCAUUCUGGAAUAUAAACUUUAUGAAGCUUUAAAGUUCAUCAUGUUGUAUCAAGUCACUGAAGUUUAUGAACAAAUGAAGACUAAAAAGGUCAUUCCCAGUCUUUUUAGACUCCUGUUUUCCAGGGAGACAUCCUCUGAUCCUUUGAGCUUCAUGAUGAAUCACCUGAAUUCUGUAGGUGACACGUGUGGACUAGAGCAGAUUGAUAUGUUUAUACUUGGAUACUCCCUUGAAGUAAAGAUAAAAGUGUUCAGACUGUUCAAGUUUAACUCCAGAGACUUUGAAGUCUGCUACCCAGAGGAGCCUCUCAGGGACUGGCCGGAGAUCUCCCUGCUGACUGAGAACGACCGCCACUACCACAUUCCAGUCUUUUAAGUCCGCUGGGGGCCGAACAGCAGUGCUCACCAGUGACAGUGGUCACAGUUGCAAGUAAAGUAUCUCUCUGAAACCAAAGCUAGCAUUUCAGCAUGGAAGGAAUUAGGACCUUUUCUCCAGGAUUACAGGUACACUGGAUACAGCCAUGCAUGGAUAGUUUUCCUUUAUUUUUCAGUGAUUUCCUCUGAAGCAGCUGCACUGAUAUAUUUGGGUGUUGGUGGCUUGACUUUGUCCAUAAGGGGCGUGGCCACUGCACGUGAUGGCAAGCCUUUAAGAGCACAAAGAAGUUUAAUAUGGACAACUACAGCAAAAAGCGAGAAGAAAACAAGUAGGGAAAAACGGCUAACUUGGAGAGAAAGAAUUUCUUUAACCUUUAUGUUCUUCAUUAAAAAUCUUAUCUUGGACUGAUUUGGGGGAUUUUUAGAAACAUGGCCUUGUUUUAUAAGCAUGAAUUUCCCAGGAAUCUUUGUUAUAUUUUAAUUUUUGAUAACCAUUUGAUUAAGUGUAUGUGUAUAUAUACAUAUGUAUGUUUAUAUACAUACAUGUAUCUGUAUAGUUUUGUAUAUACAUAUAUACACGUAGACAUACAGAGAAAUAACCACUACUUUGUAAUGCUGUACAGUUUGUUUUAUAUUUCUUUACAUUUUUUUGUUACUAUUUUAUCUGGCCAGCUUAAUAGUUUCGUUUAGAUUUAAAAAAUUCUGUAGAUUAAAGCAAAUGACAGUUAUUGAACUAUCACAAAAAUAUUAAACGGUGGUACAUUUAAUGUGUAUUUAAUGUGUGGAAUCUCAUUGUGGUAGGCAGAAUAGUGCCCCAUGCUCCCCAAAGAUGUGCUCCCCAAAGAUGUCUGUGUCUGAAUCCUCAGAGCCUGUGACGGGCUAAAUGGGUUAAAUGGGAAAGGAGAAUUAAGGUUGCAGGUGUAACUGAGAUGCUAAUCCACUGAUGCAUUUUGAAAUAGGGAGAGUUUUCUGGGUUCUCCAGGUGGGCCCAGUGUAAUCAGAAUGGUCCUUAAAAGUGAAAGAGGGAAUUGGAAGAGUGUCGGAGUCAGAGGGAAAUGUGAAAUAUGGAAGAACAGUUAGAGAGAGAUGUACCAUUGCUGGCUUCGAAGAUGGAGGAAGGGUCCAUAAGCCAGGGAGUGCAGGCAGCCUGUAGAAUUGAGACUGGAAAGGAAACAGAAACUUCCCCAUAGCCUCCAGAAGGAACACAGCCCUGCCAACACCUUGAUUUUAGCCCAGUGAAACCUGUGUUGGACCUCUAAUCUGCAGAACUGUAAGAUAAUAGAUUUGUAUUUAAGCCACUAAGUUUGUAACAUGUUAUAGCAACAGAAAACUAGUGUUCUCAGGCUAGUUUUUGGUCAUCUUUGUUUUGGAAAUACUUUUCUAGUUUAAUUUGGUAAUUUUUAUCUUGGAGGUACUUUGCUAGUCUGUUUUGAGUUUCAGUACAUAAGAAUAAUUUUUAAAAUCUUGCUAAUUAUAUUUUACUUCAGAGUCACAAAUGCCUUUCUAAGAAUGACUUACUUCACGAGAUAUUUAGCACUAACAUUUUCCCAGAUGUUCAUAUUAUUUGUGCCAUAAAUUAAAAGGGAGUGUGUUAAAUGCUGUCAUGUCUGAAGUUAGCAUUCAUAUUCUUUUGCAAUGGGGAUGAUCCGUCGUGUGUACUACAUGAAUCAUGUCUGAUGGUAGCUUGUUCCCACUGUCAUUUUGUUUUCUGGUUGAAGAUUAAUGUGCUCAGCCACACAAACGAGUUCUUCAUUGACCUCUACAGUCACUGCCUGUUUGGAAACAUCUAUGGUUUUGCAUAACCCCCGUCAUUUAACUGACAGUGUUAGAAGAUUUCCCCCUGAUGUGUUACCGUAACCAAGAAAGCGUGAACGCUACCCUUUCUGGUGACAGCCUGUCAUGGGCUACUGUGGCUGAUACUUAUAGAAUUGUUGCUCCGAAGUUUUGGCUCCACUUGAGCUGUCCAGGAGCCUACCUGGCAUUUGUGUAUUACCACUCACCUUGGAUCUCCUUACCAAUGUAAUUAUUUCCACAUCAAUCCAGGACUGAAAGGAAAAAUGUUUUCACCAGGAUUGGCAGCCUGUAGCUCUGUGACCUCAGUCAGCCCAUCAUGUUGUGCUGUGGUGCAGGGAGCAAGAAUUCUUUAGAGAACCAAGUUGUGAAAAAGAUUUCAAUCCAGUGAAAGUAAAAAGUCAGAGGACAUUUGAUAGUUGCUGUAUUUUGGGAAGAUAUCAAAACAGGUUCUUAGGGAGGAGGUAUGAGGUGUUGUUUUUUGUUUGUUUGUUUUUAUUCAAUUGUAUAAUGAAUAUAACAAAUUAAGUAGCCAGAAGGAGCGGCAUAUAAAUUAGCACCACUUUUAAAUGGCAACAAUAAAUUUGAGGUGAGCUUCCUGUGUGAUGCCAACAUUUAAA